AUGGACUCAGGAACAGCGACAGGGACAAAUUCAAAUAUCUGUCAAUAUGUCAACAGUAUAGCCAUGUGGCAACCUGAUAAAGAGGUUAAGGCAUGUUUACAAUGUGGUACAAACUUUGAUUUUAUAAUACGAAGACAUCAUUGUAGAUGUUGUGGUGGAAUAUUUUGUGGACGUUGUUCAAAUCAUUUUCUUAAAUAUGACACCUCAAGAGUGAAAAUAGUUAGAAGGAAUACAGAUAGUAUCAAUAAGACUAACAUUACACAUAAUGAAGAACGUGCAUCUAAAAUAACUGCAUACAGAACCUGCAUAUCAUGUUAUAAAUCAUUAAAAGGGUCUAACUUGAUAAUUCAACCCGCACGACAAAAUAAUGAUUCUAUUACUCAGACAAUAAACCACCAGAAUAAUAGGGAAGAUAAUGAGACAUCAGGAAGUGAGCAAGUUAUAGCAAUACCAGGAAAUGUUAAAAAUAGUAAUAUUACAGAACAUUCUCGACAGAUAGACGCGAAUGUUAAUAAUUCUCCAAUAGCCAAUAUUGAUUCAGAACAAGAAAAUUCACAUUGUCCCAUUUGUAAUUUUGAUUUAACGACUCUCGCUAAUGAGGAAGAACAAGGAGAUCAUAUCCAAUCCUGUAUUGAGCAAGCAGAAAAUAUCCAACAACACAAACAUAAUCAACAGAAUGAUAUAUCAUCACCCGGUGCGAAUGAUCAUAACCCAACUAUGAAGAAUAGAAUGCUUGUAUAUAAGAUCACAAAAGACCCAAUAAAAGAAGAAAGAAAAGAAGAGUAUCCAGAAUGUCCAAUAUGUUUUGAAGAGAUGUUACCAGGCCAAAAAGUUGGGAGAUUAGAAUGUUUGUGCGUAUUUCAUUAUAAAUGUAUUAAAGGUUGGUUUACCAAAAAGACUCAUAAGAUGCAAGAGCAACAAAAUUUGGGCAAUAAAGAUAUUUCGUUUCUAGGUAAGAAUUUUUGUCCUUUCCAUGAUGCUGUUUGCUAA